AUGUCGGCCGAAGACCCCCCCAAAUUCCUCUACAAGAUCCUCCCUGGUUCUCCCCCACAUCCUCUCCCAUUGGAAUUGCCCCUCUCUGAACUCGACCAGAAAGACGGCUUCAUCCAUCUCAGCACAUCAACACAGAUCCCCGGCACAUGCGACCUCUUCUUCGGCCACACAACAGACCUAUGGGUCCUCAAGAUUGUCUUCUCGAAGAUCGAAACGUCCAUCAAGUGGGAGGGCGAUGGGGAGAUCAAGUUCCCCCACCUGUACGGACGCAACUUUGGCCUUGACGAGGUCGUGUCUUCGCAUAACAUUGUCAGGAACGGUACUCAGAAGUGGAGUGACAAUAUCAAAGGCUCGGCAUGGCUCGAGUAA